GCCCUGAUCAACCUGCCCACCCGGGCUCUCGGGUGGGGGCUUGGACAUGCCCAUGCCGGAGGAGCCCUGGCCACGGCCGCUGCCCUGGGGCCUGGCGGGUCUUCUGUUGCUGGUCUUGUGCAGUCGGGCCCUCAGCAAUGAGAUUCUGGGCCUGAAGCUGCCGGGAGAGCCGGCCUUGACCGCCAACACCGUGUGCUUGACGCUGUCGGGUCUGAGCAAGCGGCAGCUGGGCCUGUGUCUGCGCAGCCCCGACGUGACGGCGUCGGCGCUCCAGGGCCUGCACAUCGCCGUCCACGAGUGUCAGCAUCAGCUGCGUGACCAGCGCUGGAACUGCUCGGCGCUCGAGGGCGGCGGCCGCCUGCCGCACCACAGCGCCAUCCUCAAGCGGGGUUUCCGUGAGAGUGCUUUCUCCUUCUCCAUGCUGGCCGCUGGGGUCAUGCACGCGGUGGCCACAGCCUGCAGCCUGGGCAAGCUGGUAAGCUGCAGCUGCGGCUGGAAGGGCAGUGGCGAGCAGGAUCGGCUGCGGGCCAAGUUGCUGCAGCUGCAGGCACUGUCCCGGGGCAAGAGUUUCCCUCACUCCCUGCCCAGCCCUGGCCCUGGCUCAGGCCCCAGCCCGGGCCCCCAGGACACAUGGGAAUGGGGUGGCUGCAACCAUGACAUGGACUUUGGAGAGAAGUUCUCUCGGGAUUUCUUGGAUUCCAGGGAAGCUCCUCGGGACAUCCAGGCACGAAUGCGAAUCCACAACAACAGAGUGGGGCGUCAGGUGGUAACUGAAAACCUGAAGCGGAAAUGCAAGUGUCACGGCACCUCAGGCAGCUGCCAGUUCAAGACCUGCUGGCGGGCGGCCCCGGAGUUCCGGGCAGUGGGGGCAGCGUUGAGGGAGCGGCUCAGCAGGGCCAUCUUCAUCGACACCCAUAACCGCAAUUCUGGAGCCUUCCAACCCCGCCUGCGUCCGCGGCGCCUCUCCGGGGAGCUGGUCUACUUUGAGAAGUCUCCUGACUUCUGCGAGCGAGACUCGGCGGUGGGCUCCCCGGGCACCAGAGGCCGGGCUUGCAACAAGACCAGCCGCCUGCUGGACGGCUGUGGCAGCCUGUGCUGUGGCCGCGGACACAACGUGCUGCGGCAGACUCGAGUGGAGCGCUGUCACUGCCGCUUCCACUGGUGCUGCUACGUGCUGUGUGAGGAGUGCAAGGUGACCGAGUGGGUCAACGUGUGCAAGUGA